UGUUUGGAGAGUAUACAGAGAAUCUGAGGAGCGUCCGAGGGCGGGCUAAGCAUAACCUUGGCCUAUGGGCAAAGGGGGUUGCCCUGGGCGGGGCGUAGGCUGAGUCUGGAGUUCGAGCCGGAUUCAAAUCUAGUCCCAGACCCUUCCUAGGCUUGUGAUCCCUGCUCUGUUUCCUGUCGCCUCUUCCCCAGUAGGUGGGAGCCCGAGGAAGAGAAAAUGACUCCUGAACUCCUGACAGUCAGGACCCAAAAGGAAUUGGUGACAUUCCAGGAUGUGGCUGUGGAAUUCAACUGGGAGGAGUGGUUAUAUUUGAACCUAUCUCAGAAAAAGUUGUACAGGGAUGUGAUGCUGGAGAACUAUAGGAACCUUGUCUCUUUGGGAUUUGCCAUUUCCAAGCCAGAUGUCAUUUGCCAGUUGGAAAGAAAAGAAGCAUCUUGGAUGCCAGAGGCAGAUAUCCCAGGAAGCAGCUGUUCAGAGAGCAAAGAAUUUACUGGAGAAAAACCUUAUGAAUGUAGUGAAUAUGGGAAGUUCUUUUGGAGCAAGCGACAUCUUGCUGUGCAUAAAAGAAUUCAUACUGGAGAGUUUUUUUAUGAAUGUAAAGAGUGUGGGAAGGCUUUCCACUGGAACUCAGAACUUAUUCGACAUCAAAGAAUUCAUACUGGAGAGAAACCUUAUGAAUGUAAUAUAUGUGGGAAGGCCUUCAAUAAGAAGGCAAAUCUUACUCGACAUCAGAGCAUUCAUACUGGAGAGAAACCUUUUGAAUGUAGUGAAUGUGGGAAGGCCUUUAGGCAGAAGACAGAACUUUAUGUCCAUCAGAGAAUUCAUACUCAUGAAUGUAAGGAAUACAGGAAGGCUUUCUUUUGCAACUCAGAACUUUUUGAACAUCAGAGUAGAGAGAAACGUUAUGAAUGUAAUGAAUGUUGGAAGGCUUUCAGGAGUAAGACACAAUUUACAUUUCAUCAGAGAAUUCACAUUGGAGAGAUUACUUAUGAAUGUAAGGAGAUUGAUUGCAACUCAGAUUUUAUUCAGCCUCCAAUAACUCAUACUAGAGAGAAAGCCUAUAAAUGUAGUGAUUGCGGGAAGGCCUUCAGGAGGAAGACACAACUUAAUGUGCAUCAGAGAAUUCAUGCUGGGGAGAAACCUUAUACAUGUAGUGAAUGUGGGAAGGCCUUCAGGCUGAAGGCACAUCAUACUCGACAUGAAAGAAUUCAUACUGGUAAGGGACCUUAUGAAUGUAGUGAAUGUCAGAAGGCCUUCAGGAGUAAGAUACAACUUACUGUGCAUCAGAGAAUUCAUCCUUUAAGGGGUCUUUAUGAAUGUAAAGAAUGUAGGAAAGCCUUUUAUCACAACUCAGAUCUUAUUAAACAUCAGAGAAUUCAUACUGGAGAAAAAUCCUAUGAAUGCAGUGACUGUAGAAAGGCCUUCAGGAGGAGGGCACAUCUUACCAUGCAUCAGAGAAUUCAUACUGGAGACAUUGUUUAUGAAUGUAAGGAGUGUGGGAAGGCUUUCCUCUACAACUCAGCAUUUAUUGUACAUCAAAGAAUUCAUACUGGAGAGAAACCUUAUGCAUGUAAUGAAUGUGCAGAGGCAUUCAGGAGUAAGACGCUACUUACUGUGCAUCAGAGAAUUCACACUGGCAAGGGUCUUUAUACAUGUAAGGAGUGUGGGAAGACUUUCCCCUAUAACUCAGAACUUAUUCGUCAUCAAAGAAUACAUACUGGAGAGAAACCUUAUAAAUGUAGUUUAUGUGGGAAGGUCUUUAGAAGGAAGCAACAUCUUACUGUGCAUCAGAGAAUUCAUACUGGAGAGAAACCUUAUGAAUGUAGUGAAUGUCAGAAGGCCUUCAGGAGUAAGAAACAACUUACUGUGCAUCAGAGAAUUCAUCCUUUAAGGGGUCUUUAUGAAUGUAAAGAAUGUAGGAAAGCCUUUUAUCACAACUCAGAUCUUAUUAAACAUCAGAGAAUUCAUACUGGAGAAAAAUCCUAUGAAUGCAGUGACUGUAGAAAGGCCUUCAGGAGGAGGGCACAUCUUACCAUGCAUCAGAGAAUUCAUACUGGAGAUAUUGUUUAUGAAUGUAAGGAGUGUGGGAAGGCUUUCCUCUACAACUCAGCAUUUAUUGUACAUCAAAGAAUUCAUACUGGAGAGAAACCUUACGCAUGUAAUGAAUGUGCAGAGGCAUUCAGGAGUAAGACACUACUUACUGUGCAUCAGAGAAUUCACACUGGCAAGGGUCUUUAUACAUGUAAGGAGUGUGGGAAGACUUUCCCCUAUAACUCAGAACUUAUUCGUCAUCAAAGAAUACAUACUGGAGAGAAACCUUAUAAAUGUAGUUUAUGUGGGAAGGUCUUUAGAAGGAAGCAACAUCUUACUGUGCAUCAGAGAAUUCAUACUGGAGAGAAACCUUAUGAAUGUAGUGAAUGUCAGAAGGCCUUCAGGAGUAAGAAACAACUUACUGUGCAUCAGAGAAUUCAUCCUUUAAGGGGUCUUUAUGAAUGUAAAGAAUGUAGGAAAGCCUUUUAUCACAACUCAGAUCUUAUUAAACAUCAGAGAAUUCAUACUGGAGAGAACCCUUAUGAAUGUAAUGAAUGUGGGAAGGCCUUCAAGAGGAAAACACUACUUACUGUGCAUCGGAGAAUUCAUACUGGAGAGAUUCCUUAUGAAUGUAAGGAGUGUGGGAAAGCUUUCCCCUACAACUCUGACCUUAUUCGACAUCAAAGAAUUCAUACUGGAGAGAAACCUUAUGAAUGCAGUGUAUGUGGGAAGGCCUUCUGCCGUACUGUAAAUCUUACUCAACAUCAGAGCAUUCAUACUGGAGAGAAACCCUAUGAAUGUGAUAAAUGUGGGAAGCCCUUUAGACUGAGGUUUCAACUUAUUCAACAUCAAAGAAUUCAUACACAAAAGAAGCCCUAAGAGUGUAAUGCAUAUGGGAAGAUAUUUAGACUGAAGGUAUGACUUUAUGCCUAUCAGAGAAUUCAUCCUGAAGAGAUUCCUCAUAAAUGUAAGGAGUGUGGACUGACUUAUCACAACUCAGAUCUUAUUAAAAAUUAUUGAAUUCAUACUGGAGAGAAACCUUAUGAAUCUAGUGAAUAUGGGUAAGCCUUCUGGAGGAAGGCACAAUUCUCUGUGCAUCAGAAGACUCAUUCUGGAGAGAAACAUUUUGACUGUAGUGAAUGUUUAGAGACCUUCAGGAGUUAGAACCUACUGUACAUCAGAAAUUCACACCAGAGACAUUCUUUAUGAAUCUGAGAAGUGUGGGAAGGUUUUCCUCUGCAACUCAGCUUUUAUUCUACAUCAAAGAAUUCAUAUGGAGGGGUGGCUAGGUGGCGCAGUGGAUAAAGCACUGGCCCUGGAUUCAGGAGUUCCUGAGUUCAAAUCCGGCCUCAGACACUUGACACUUACUGGCUGUGUGACCCUGGGCAAGUCACUUAACCCCAUUGCCCCAUAAAAAAAAAAAGAAUUCAUAUGGAGAGAAACCUUAUGAAUGUAGUGAAUGUUGGAAGGCCUUUAGGAAGUAGAUACAACUUAGAUUCCAUUGGGGAAUUCAUAAUGGAAAAAUUCUUUAUGUAUGUGAGGAGUGUGUGAAGGCCUUUCAAAACAACUUGCAUCUUAUUCAACUUCAAAGAAUUCAUACUGGAGAGAAACCUUAUGAAUGUAUUGUAUGAGGGAAAUCCUUCUGCCUGAAUGUAGAUCUUACUGAACAUCAUCUAAUUCAUUCUGGAGAGAGACUUUAUGAAUGUAAUGAAUGUAGAAAGGCCUUCAGACUGAGAACACAACUUUCUCAGCAUCAAAGAUUUCAUUCUGGAGAGAAAUCUUUUGAGUGUAAUGCACGUAGCUUUGAAGACCUUUAAAAUGAGGAUACUACUUUAUGUCCAUCAGAGAAUUCAUAGUAGUGUGAGAAUUGGAAUGACACCCCCUGCUGGGAGAGAUAUUGCAGGGAA